UGCACCUCAAAAAUUGUCUUAAUCAUCAUUAGAAAUAAAUCAGUACGCUAUAUUUCUUGCAAGUUUCCGGAGUUCCCUUCUAUUUACUUCCAACUUCCAAACAAAACGGGUCUAUAUCCAGUUUACUUUGUGUUUAAAAUUUUCAACAAUUUAUAUUUAAUUGUCAUUCCAAGUGAUCGAAAUUAUAUUUCUUUUGCAUUUUUUACCGCUAAUCUGUGCAAUAAUUACCGACUGUACUGUUCAAUAGAGAAGGCCAAGAGCACGCCACCAAAAUAUUUAUACAAGACAUGAUGACAAGAACAAAAGCUCCAAAUCAAAACAAUCAAUUCUUGCUCUCGUAUAUACUUCCGAUCCAAACUCCGUUAAGAUAUACAUAGCCCCAUUAAACAUGCCAGCAAACGAAACCAUACCAAUCCCUUCUUCCGAUUAUGAACCUAUGAUUAUGUCCAAUCCAGAUGGGACUUAUACUCGUCUCUUGCAAGUGCCAAGCGUCCCUGCGGCACCAGAUCCUAACACAUCCACCUCUCCUGUUCUAACCAAGGAUAUUCCUAUUAACCCAACUAAUCAAACAUGGCUAAGAGUAUAUCUUCCACGCCAAGCGCUUGAUUCCUAUGUCACAGCUACUAACAAGCUCCCUCUCAUCGUUUACUAUCAUGGUGGUGGCUUUGUUUUCUUGAGUGCGGCUUCAAGUCUAACACAUGAUUUUUGCUCAUUAAUGGUUGAAAAAAUCAAUGCAGUGGUUAUCUCCGUCGACUAUCGUCUAGCACCGGAAGAUCGCCUUCCGGCAGCAUAUGAGGAUGCCAUUGAAGCGUUGCACUGUAUUAAAACCAGCCAAGAAGAUUGGUUAAAUGAAUUUGCUGAUUUGUCAAACUGUUUUCUUAUGGGUACUAGUGCAGGUGGUAACAUUGCAUACCAUGCAGGGCUACGAGCAUGUGAACAAAUUCAAGAUUUAUAUCCCCUGAAGAUCAAAGGAUUGAUACUUCACCAUCCAUAUUUUGGCGGGUCAGAGAGAACUGGAUCGGAGCUAAAACUAGUGAAGGACCCGAUUUUGCCACUUUCUGGAAAUGACUUGAUGUGGGAAUUGUCGUUGCCGGUCGGUGCAGACAGGGAGCAUGAGUACUGCAAUCCAGUGUCUGGAAUUGGGUCAAACAUGUGUGAACUUAUUCGGGUUGUGGGUUUCCGCGUCCUGGUUACGGGCUGUUAUGGAGACCCGUUGAUUGAUCGUCAGGUGAAAUUUGCAAAGAUGUUAGAGGAGAAUGGUGUGAGAAUGAUGGCCCAUUUAGGUGAGGGUAGUCAUGGCGUAGAGCUAAUUGAUCCAUCUAAAGCUGAGUCACUUUUUCUGGUUGUGAAGGACUUCAUGUCUUAAUUCUUUAUACGUGUUCUCUAAUCAUAGAAAAUAUUAAUUCACCAAAAAUGAAAAAUACCAAAAUCAUGCAUCUCCGUUCAACUAAAGGUGAUCUCUGGCAUGGAAUAUCUUUUUAUUUUCA